AUGGCUCCCCCCCUCCCCCCUCGCCUCCAAGAAUCCAUCUCCUCCACCAAAUGCGAAUACCGCCGGCUGGGCAACAGCGGCCUGAUCAUCUCGGUCCCCAUCGUAGGUUGCAUGUCCUUCGGUGACCCGCGCACACUGGACUGGAGCAUCCCCGAAGACGAAGCCCUCCCCUUGCUGAAAGCAGCCUACGACCGCGGCCUCAACACCUGGGACACGGCCAACAUGUACGGCAACGGCGCUUCUGAAGUCAUCGUCGGCAAGGCCCUCAAGCACUACAACAUCCCGCGCAGCAAGGUGGUCAUCAUGACCAAGUGUUUCUGGCCGGUGGGUGAAGACCCGGAGCUGAAGGCGUGGAUGUACCGGGAUAGUGUCGAAAACUCUAAGGAUUAUGUGAAUCACUUUGGCCUGUCAAGGACAGCGAUUUUUAAUCAGGUCGAGGCGUCGCUGAAGAGGCUGCAGACGGAUUAUAUUGAUCUGUUGCAGAUCCAUCGGUUUGAUCCGCAUACGCCGAUUGAGGAGACGAUGAAGGCGCUGCAUGAUCUGGUGCAGUCGGGAAAAGUGCGAUAUAUUGGGGCGAGCAGCAUGUGGGCUACGCAAUUCGCAAGGAUGCAGUUUGUCGCGGAGAAGAAUGGCUGGACGAAGUUCAUCAGCAUGCAGAAUUACUAUAAUCUAUUGUAUCGCGAGGAGGAGAGGGAGAUGAACCGGUUUUGUAAUGACACGGGCGUUGGGCUGAUCCCAUGGGCGCCAUUAUGUCGGGGGCAUCUAGCUCGUCCACCGGAGCAGUACGGCAGCACGAAGAGGAGUAAGGGAGAGAAGGAAACGCAGCCAGGGGCGCAUGGGACUGUUGAGCCGGAUCUGAGUAUUAUUAGGCGGGUGCAGGAGAUUGCGGAGAAGAGAGGGUGGCCGAUGUCACACGUUGCGCUUGCGUGGAUCAAUAAGCGGGUGACGAGCCCGAUUAUUGGCUUCAGCAGCGUCGAGAGGAUGGAGGAGGCCCUAGCCGCCAGGGGCAAGGUUUUAACGGAUGAGGAGGAAAGGUACCUGGAGGAGCUGUAUCAGCCGAAGCCGGUUUGGGGUCACGGCUGA